CCCAUUUCAUUAUGCUCUGCUUCUACCAAACAUAAGCUUCCUUUUGCUUCUCUCCAAAAAACAGAGGAAGCACACAGCCAUUGAAGAAGCUCAGAGAUUCAUAAUAUACAGAUGAACCGGCUCGCACCGUUGUCGGAAGAGCCGAACAUCAGCGGAGAAGAGGACGCCGCGAACCGGUCGAGCAAAGGCAUUCUGCGGAGCACUCAGCCGUGGCGGAACUGGAUCAAGACCCACCUUUCUCCCCUCGUGCUCUUCCACAAGAGGUCCGACUUCAAUGUGCUUCUCAGUGUUCUUGGUUGCCCUCUCUUCCCUGUCUCUGCCCUCCCCAAACUACCCCUCAAUGAGAAGGUUUCCUCAACUGCACAAUACAUAAUACAACACUUCACAGCUGCCACCGGUUGCCGCAAGCUAGAAGGCAAAGUGAAGAACAUUUUCGCAACUGGGAAAGUGACAAUGGCAAUGGUUGAUGAUCCCGGCCCCGGUGGUCGCUCAGCUGCCGGAACCACCGCAGUUUCGGAAAAAGGGUGCUUUGUGAUGUGGCAGAUGGUUCCUAACAAGUGGCUGAUUGAGCUAGUUCUAGGUGGUCACAAGGUGGCAGCUGGUAGCGAUGGCAUAGUCGCUUGGCGUCACACGCCGUGGCUAGGUGUCCACGCUGCCAAGGGCCGCAUUCGUCCACUCCGGCGAGCUCUUCAGGGAUUAGAUCCAAUGGCAAUAUCAGCUGUAUUUUCCCCAGCGCAGUACGUGGGGGAAAAGCAAAUCUCCGGUGUUGAUUGCUUCGUCUUGAAAUUGUCAGCUGAUCAAACGGAUCUAGCUGAACGAAGUGAUAGCACAGCAGAGAUGAUCAAACAUGUAAUAUUUGGCUACUUCAGCCAAAGAAAUGGGCUGCUAGUGUACCUAGAGGACUCUUAUUUAACCAGGAUCCAGUCACCUGGUGCCUACCCUACCUACUGGGAGACCACAAUGUCGACGAAAAUCGAGGACUAUCGGACGGUGGAGGGUGUGAUGAUCGCACACGCCGGUCAGACAAAUGUGAUCAUCACACGGUUUGGGGACAAUCUAAAGACAGGGUCAGCGAUCACGCGGCUGGAAGAAACAUGGACGAUUGAUGAUGUUGCAUUCAACGUCCCUGGAUUGUCCAUGGAUUGCUUCAUUCCUCCAAAAGAAGUACAGAAAGAUUACCCUAAGAAGAAUUUUGAUUGGAGAUCACCAUUGCAUUAACGAUGAUGAUGAUGAUGAUGAUCUUGAUCACGAUUAGUUGAUAAGGGAUUUGAUUAUAUUUUGAUCCAUGACUUGUGUGAACAGUUGAAUAUUUUUUUACUCUUCCCGCUCUUAAGUGUCGAAGUGUAAAUAUCGUACAUGCUUAUGUACAUCUUUAUAUACAUAUUUUUUACUCUUUCCCGUUUAAUA